AUGAUACAGAGUGACUUGGAUCGUUCUCAAAAUUCUAAAAGUCGGGCAAAUCUAAUAAAUAAUGAUAUUGGGAACAAGCUAAUGCACAAUCCAGCUGCUUUGGAUCAAAGACAAGUGUUGAGAAAGUCCCUUAAUCACAAGGAUUUGAGAUCAUAUGAUGGCUACUCUAGUCAUUCUUCAGUUCUAACUGACGAUGAAGGAGCAGGUGCUUACUUAAAAAAAAGUGGAAGUGAGAAACUGCGAGCAGUUCAUGUGCAGAAGAAGGUUGGACUCACUGACAUGGCUAAUGGAUUGCACAAAGCAGUGCGGAAAGAAUUGAGGCAAAUGGAAACGGAUCUAGCGGCGGUGAAAUCAAGGGCCUCCACUUUAUCCCCACCAAUAUUUCACCGCGAGGAAGAUACAAAUCCAGAUGAAUUGCGGAGUAAAGUUCAGAUGUAUACCUAA